ACAUGGACGGCGCCGGCCUUGACGGCGACACUUGCUGUUGAACUUUAUAUUUGUGCGAUAUUGUGGAGAGUUGCGGCUUUCGUAGAAGUCAGCUUUACAAUGAAUAGAGCACGCGCUGAUACCUUUGAAGUCUGUGUGGGAGACGACGAACCGUGCGCAAGCGAGCACAGCCCGGAACUGAAGCGCAAGCGUACGACGCUUACGGCGGGAGAAAAGCGCGAAGUUUGUAUGUGGAAGCGUGAGCACCCGCGGUCUACUCUACAUGAUGUCAUACUUUGGUGUCGCAUCAACCUCGGUCUGGACAUCGGCAAGAGCUCUGUAUCCCGCAUCUUGCGGGAGAGUGACAAGUGGAUCAACACGGUGCCAGACGCUGUCAACUCGACGGACUCGAGAAAUUCGCUUUGUGUCGAUAUGGAAAAAUCCCUUUUCACAUGGCUUCAAGACGCGCGCUCCCGAGGGGUCUACGUAAGCGAUGCGAUGAUCGCUGAAAAGGCCCGCUCUCUUGGGAAGCUGCUCAAAAUGCCCGACAGUUUUUGCUAUUCAAGAGGUUGGCUGCAUCGUUUCAAGUCAAGACAUGGGAUUUGUAAUAGCAAACCACAUGGAAGCAGCUCACCUACAUCUGAUGGGUGCAAGGAUGCAUCGGAAGAGUUGCCCAGAAGUACCAGCCACGCCCAAUUACAGACAGUUCUUGCAGAUUACACCCUGAACAAUAUCUACUAUGCCCAAGAGAUGGUUUUUUCCUACGCUGAAUUACCAAUGAAAGGAAGCACAAGGGAGAAUCAGAGAUAUAACAAACAGAGGCUAGUGGUUGGUCUACUUUACAACUUAUCGGGUUCACAUCGCUGGAGGCCUAUUGUUGUCGGUGGUACCAAACGGCCCCACAGUUUCGGGACCCUUUUCGAUCCCGAUAUAUACUGUAACUACAACUAUGAACCGAGAGUGUGCCUGACUGCAAGCAUUCUCAUAUGUCAUUUGAAGAGUUUGGAUGAGAAUCUAUGCAAGGAAAAACGGCGCGCCAUCAUGCUAAUUGAUGAGGCGAGGACUGAUGCCUUAAAUGACGUGUACUUUUGCAACCUGCAGGUUCACUUCUUGCCUUCACAUUGUGUCUCUGAUAUUGCAACAGGGAAUUCCUCUGUAAUUCAUGGUGUAAAAGCACUGUACCGGAGAGAUCUUGUGCUGCACAGUGCUAUGUGUAAAGAUGCUGAACUGCAGACUGAAAUCAGUGUUCGCUGGGCGCUUCGAACACUCUCACAGGCCUGGAUGUCUCUUCCAUCUCAAGUUAUCUUGGAUUCUUGGGGGCAAACAGGCCUUCUGCCAUUCCAGCAACUAAAGAGAACAGCUAGUGACACAUGCAAGAGCUUAGUUCAGGAACUUCAGAAACUUUUGGACAUUGUUUACCCUCGUAGGGCUGGUGCUGAAGCAUAUAUAAGAGUUGAUGACUGUGAUGGUGUGGACGAGGGUCUAUACACAGCUUUUCAUGAGCAGCCAGAGUGUAUUGCCUCAAUUCUGGAACCAAACCACACUGAUGCUUGGAGAGGCCUUCACACCUUGAUUACAUACCUUGAACAAGAAGGAGACGUGAGUACAAUACGAGAGCUUGCCAAGUUAGAGAAAAAGCUAAACUUGAAAAUUCUGAAGUAGAGUUCACAGUCUUAUGUGGUUUUCGCAUUAAAAGUUUUUCAUUA